AUGGCGGCACUCAAGUUCGCACCCUUUGCAUCUGAGAUCGAACUGCCAUUCUACUCGGCCUUAUUUGCAUCCAAGUUAGACCAUGACAAACUCAGCGACUCUGCACGACCAGUCUUAGGGCUCUAUGAGCCCCGUCCCGGCACAGCUCCGGACGACAGUGUGAGAAUGCAGAUACUAGCCAGCGCACUUACUAGUAAUAAUGUCCCGUUGAAUGCUGUGAGAGCGGAGGGCAUCAUCAGAAACACAAACACCUUGGAGGCCUUUAAGCAAGUAGACAAGACUGAGAUGAUCAACAAGGCCGCACGCCAGAUAUGGGAUGCAAUCAAAGAUGGGACCAUCUAUUCAGUUCCUUCACUCCUCUCACAUUACAUCAUACUCUCCUACGCAGAUCUAAAAAAAUACCGGAUGACGUACUGGUUCGGGUUUCCGACUCUGCAUUCUGAUCCACAGUGGAAGCGAACUGGAGAUAUUCUUCGGUUUACCCCAGAUGAGGCGACUGCCUUGGUCGAUCGUGUAGGAACUUGGCGAUACACUAUUGACGCCAGAGAGCAUGGCUUUUUCCUUGCGAAGAAGAUUCGCAUCAGAAAGACAACUCAUGCCCUACCUCCUGCCGAGCCAGUAACAGAUGAAAUCGGGUAUAAGUGGGAAGUCGGCUCCCUUCGUGAAUUCGAGACUGGUUUCUUCCGCGGGGUCUCCGAAGAAGACAAAUACGUAGCAUUUGUCGACCCAUCUACCUACGAGGAACAUCCAGCAUGGCCCCUCAGAAAUCUACUGGUUUUGGUGAGACAGCGGUUUCACCUAACCAAUGUCCAGAUUCUCUGUUAUCGGGACAUUCAAUCGCGCAGACACGAAGCUCGCAGCAUAGUCUUGCCGCUUGCCAUGGAUCCAGUCGAGAGCAUCGAAACGACAGAGAUGCCAAAGGCUACCGGUUGGGAGCGGAAUCCGGCUGGAAAACUGAUGGCGAGGUCCGUCAGUCUAGCAGAAUCCAUGGACCCCACACGAUUAGCCGACCAAUCAGUCGACCUCAACCUUAAACUGAUGAAGUGGCGGAUUUCCCCAGAUCUCAACCUUGACAUAAUCAAGAAUACCAAGUGCCUUCUCCUGGGAGCCGGCACGCUUGGUAGCUAUAUUUCAAGAAAUCUAAUGGGAUGGGGUGUCCGCAAGAUCACCUUUGUCGACUACGGCGCAGUAUCCUUCUCAAACCCGGUGAGGCAACCAUUAUUUACUUACAAUGACUGUUUGAAAGGAGGUGCUCCAAAGGCGACUCGGGCAGCGGAGGUGCUCAAGGAGAUCUAUCCUGGCGUUGACAGUGAAGGCCAUGUUCUUUCGGUCCCGAUGCUGGGUCACCCUAUAGUAGAGAAAACUCAAGGAGAUUUCGAGAAGUUGAAAUCUCUAAUCGAUGAGCACGACGCAAUCUUCCUUCUGAUGGAUAGUAGGGAGUCGAGAUGGCUCCCUACGGUAAUGGGCAAAGCAGCAGGGAAAAUUGUCAUGAACGCGGCCCUCGGUUUUGAUACCUACGUAGUCAUGAGACAUGGUGCGGAACCAACAGAUGGAAGUGAGGAGACACUAGGGUGCUACUUUUGCAACGAUGUAGUAGCACCUGGAGAUUCACAAAAAGACUUGACUCUCGACCAACAGUGCACAGUCACGCGACCAGGCAUAGCUGCGAUUGCGUCAGCCCUUCUCGUCGAGCUCCUAACGAGUCUCCUACAACACCCACUCGGCCAUCACGCGCCUGCUCCAGCAACCAGUACUUCACCGGGAACCUUUGAAAGCGACUCCAGAGAUGAGUAUGCUCUUGGCAUAGUACCACACCAAAUUCGUGGAUUCUUGAACAGGUUCCAGAAUCUCAUCAUUAAAGGUCAUUCAUACCCAUGUUGCAGCGCAUGCAGCAAGCCAAUCAUUUCAGCAUAUAGAACAGAGGGGUGGGAUUUCGUAAAGCGUGCCCUUGAAGAUAAAGAGUACGUAGUUGAACUAAGCGGCCUAGCCGAGGUUCAGCGAAAGGCCGAAGCCAUGGCUAAUGAAGUAGAUUGGGAGGAUGAGGAGGGAGGGAAUGAUGGAGAUGACGAAGGAGUUCUCAUAUAG